GUCUGCCUUUGUUCGGCUCAGUUGCUGGCCGACCCUCAUCCCGACAUGGUCGUAAUAAUUUCAAGUUGCUAAAGUUCUCUUUAUUCCCGUCACAACUUCUUUCAGUACACAUCCACAAGCAGCACAGCAUCUUUUUUUUAUUUUUUCCUUUUUUUAAUCACCUUAUUGGCUGUAAUUUUUGUUGCAUUGAACGAGCCAUUUUCAAAGAGGAAAGAAGUCAUUCCCUGAUCUAUCAUUCGUCGUCCAAAUUCGUCUGAAUGUAUUUGAAAGUGGAGAGUGUCAGUGCAGUGGAGAUCGCGUCAACAACAUCACGACUAUCGGGUGCUGUCAAUCCUUUGUCCACUUCAACGAGUCAACGUCAAGGAGUUACGAAAAUUCCUGUGCCGUUGCAGCAUCGACUGGGUGGCGGGGCGGCCGCUGCUGCUGCCGUUGCUGCCGCCGCCUCUGCCGCCACAGGAGCGUCAGCUUGCACUCCCGACGAGAUCUAUUGUUACACUCAGUCCAAUUCCAACAUCAAUCGGACGACGAGCCUCCCUUUCAAUCACCACCAUCAGCAGGAGCAAUAUCAAUACCAUCACUAUUACAACCAGGCAGCUGCUGCCACAGCAACAACGGCCGCUUUAAACAGAGGAUUUUCUCGAUUACAACCUCCUGCAGCACAACACCACUACAAUCCUGCAUCCGCAAUUGCCAAUUCGUCUCCCAUUAUGGGCAUACAUCACAUUGAUGCGACAGCUUUUGCUUCAACCGUCGAUGUACAACACGGGCCUGGUCGACCAGAUCGACUAGAACAGGUUAUGGGUUUACAUCCGCAAUAUAUGAAAAUAUUCAACAAGUCGCAAUCGUUCAUCAUGCGAGGUGACGGACCGUUACCCUACCCCUACCGCCAUUACAUCGCCAUUAUGGCUGCCGGCCGUCAUCAAUGUUCGUACCUGAUUCAACAGCAGGUGAGCGAGUUCUUGCAGCAGGGCGGAGACCAGCGCUGGCUCAAUGGUCUCCACGCUAUUCCUGCCAAACUGAGGGAUCUCUACGAAAUCAAUAAAAUCUUGGCUCAUCGACCUUGGCUCAUUACCAAACACCACAUUGAGAAAUUGACGAAAGGCAGCGACAGUUGGUCACUUGGAGAGCUUGUACACGCGCUCGUCAUCCUUUCUCACUAUCACGCCAUCUCGUCUUUCGUGUUCGGUGUCGGUAUCGGCGACGGCGAAGACGAACCGCCCUGCUGUUGCCCAUCGGUCGGUGUCGUCGUCGGUCAUAAGACGAGCGCUGGAUCGCCUACAACGGCCACUGCGACUGGUAACAGUGAUCACGAGGUGAUGGCUGGCGGUUUGGACGGUUUGAUGAAGAGGAUGAAGAAUUUAGCCGAACGUCGGCAAGAGUACAGCGCCGAAGAGCAGACGAAACGCUACGAACACGUCGAAAGUCAAAGCGCCGAAUUGGGUGUGGUCGGGUCGUCCGCCGCCGUCGAUGGUUUCUCAUCGAGUCGUCCCAAACCGGAAAUUAGUCAAUUCAUCGACGACCCCGAUUUCACUUAUCAGGACUUUGCUCGGCGCGGCUCAGUGAAUCUAAUUCCAACAUUUCGGAUUCAGGAUUAUUCCUGGGACGAUCACGCUUUCUCACUCGUCAACCGGUUGUACAACGAUGUUGGCAACUUGCUCGACGACAAGUUCCGGCUCAUGUACCAGUUGACGUACAAUUUUAUGGGCUCCAAGAGGGACGUUGAUACGUCACGCUUCCGCACGGCCAUUUGGAAUUAUAUUCAAUGCAUGUUUGGCAUCCGCCACGAUGAUUACGAUUACGGAGAAGUGAAUCAGGUACUGGAACGUUCAUUGAAGGCUUACAUCAAGGCUGUCGUUUGCUUUCCCGAACGAGUCACUAGAGAAAAUUACAACGGUGUUCUCAAAGAACUCCAUCAUUCGGAGAAGAUUCACGUCAAUUUGAUGCUUUUAGAAGCUCGCAUCCAAGCCGAGCUGCUCUACUCUCUGCGUGCUGUCAUGCGUUACAUGAUUUAAAACAAUUAAGAGGUUUUUUCUUUUUUAUUCGCUAAAAAAUCGAUUAGAAAGUGGCGUUUCUCGUUUUUACAGCAGUAGACUCCCAUCACCCAACAAAUCUUAUUUUUUAAAACUCAGACUAUUCUAUCCUCCCAUCUCUCUCUCUCUCCAUUAAAUUAAUUUUUAUCUGGCUUUUAAACAGUUCCUGGCAUUUUUUUUUUCUCUCUCUCUGUCUCUGUCUCUGUCUUUCUCUCUCAGUGAAUGUAGGGAAAAAGAGGAAGAAUUUUUAUCUUUUAGUUUUUUAAAGCAAAUCUUUAGAUUUAUCUCCACACACACACACACACCGGAUGUUAGAUGAUGAGACGAAAAUGCUUUAUACGAUAGGCGCGGUGUUUUCGAAGAGGGCACAGAAUUUGCCGCUCUGUUUGUGUUUUAAAAAAAAAUUUUAAAUUCAACAACAACAAAAUUUAUAAUUUUUUUUUUUUUUCUUUUCUUUGGAUAUGCCCCAUGUCUUUCAAAACUAGGGUGCGACAAUUUUAUCGCGUAUAUUUGAUAAAAUGUUGCACAUAACAAAUUCUCAAAACAAAAAAAAAGAAAUUUUUACAAGAAAUAAUUAUUCCCUUCAUUAUAAUGUCUCGCGCGCGCUAUAUUUGAUUCUUACUUUUUUCUUGUUGAAAAAAAAAAAAAUUUCUUCUCGUCUGUCUUUUGUUCUUUACGUGUAUAGAUGGACAAAUGAUUUGAUAGUUUUGUGAUUUCCGGCUCUCACGGGAAUGUUCAAAGGAAGGAUUGAUAAAAAAAUUCGUCACAAUCAUGGGGCGCAGUGGACGUUACCGAGUAACGCGUUUGUUUUUCAAAUGAAGAAAAAAGAAAAGCUUUGAUAGCCGUUUUACAAAAAAAAAAAAGAGCUGUGUGUGGAUAUAUGUAAAACCUUCUCUUUUCACUUUUUUUUUUUUUCUUUUUUUUUUUUUAAUUCUGUGAUCCAUGUCUUUUUGGUAGUGAUCUCUUAAUUCCCUAUAUAUCUUUCUCUCGAGUCUUAUCGGACCUUUGUUGGUACACCCACCCACCUUUCAUGGUCUUAAUUUUUUUUUUUUCUUCGUAAAAACGUCUAAAAUUCGGUCGGUGCGGAUUGAAGUGACCGGAUCAUUGUGUGAUGCGUUUUAAAGAAAAUGUCUUUUAGGUUAAACAUAAUUCAAGGUGCGCUGCUUUGUCGUUGCGUCCAAUAUCCUUUUAUUUUUGCUUUUUGGAUUUUUACAAUUGAACGAAGAAUUCUUUUUAAAACGAAAAUUUUUCUUUCAAUUUAGAAAAAAUCAUUUGAAAUACAGUCGUAAAAAAAAAUGGAAAUUUCUCGUCUCACCCCCCACCCACCCCCCUUCACAUAAUCCCUGUAUUAUUUGAUUUAUUAUAAAUUACAGAAAGAUAAAAAAGUCUGUAUUUGCUGAUAGGAAAUUGUGGAUGAUGAAAAAACACAAAAAAAAAACUUUAUAUGUUCGCCUUUGUCGUGUUUUCUUGUCGGACUGUCCCUCUCCCCGUGCUAUAUUACCCUCCUAUACCUCCCAAAAAUUUUGUGUGAAAAUUUCAGUGAUGAUACGGAUCAUUCGAUUAUUUUGAACGGAUUAAAACUAAAGUAUAAACAAAAAUCGAUAAUAAAAAGACUAAGAAAAAAUUGUUCACCAUGUUUUUUAUUUAUCGGAAACGGUAGUUAUUAAAACAAUAAUUUAAACAAUACGGGAAAUAAAUUCAACAAUAAAUUAUAUUCAAUUGAAAAUUCGAUUUUUUUUUUUUAACUAUAAUGACUAAUUUCUUUUUGGACACGGCGUCUGCGUGAUGACGUGUUGUUUGGGACCAAUUCCAUCCAUGUCGGCGCAAAUGUGAACAACUAUUCCAGGUUGAUUAUCCGUGGCUGGUAGCAGCUCAUGUUUGUCACCUGUGGAAAAAUUGUAGCAACUGCACAGCUCAAUAAUAUGGCUAAGACUUUGUGUCUCACCUGGGCCAAGUGAAGCGAUGGCAGAUAAAAGAUCAAAGUUGACCACUGGCCCUGACUCUGGCGCUGGAGCCCAGCCCACAGGAGGACUGGCAGGUGGAGAUAUGAGGAACUGUCUGACAGGUGGAGGGAUCUGAAGGAAUUGUUGGGAGUUCUUGUUGACAAGUGGAGGCUGCCCAAAAAAGCAAUUCAUGACACUAUCACCAAAAGGUGUUUGGUGUAGGUGAACCCUGGCUUUGGUGGCAAUACCGUUGGAAGAGAAAUCUACCCUUGCCCUGCGAAAACUACGCAAGUAGUGGAAAGUGGCUGAUUCAUCAAAAGUCCUGAACAGGGCCUCCAGCUCCGUCUGGAAGAAAAAGAAUCCACUUACUCUGAAAUCUGAAUGAGCUUUGACCGACACACUACCAGUAGGGCAUACAAACCUUGAGCUCCUGUUGGAAAAACAAUUCAUUGGGGAGAUUCGUCACAAUUAAAGAAGUAGGUUGCUGCUCGCCCUCUUUGGUUUCAUCUGUGAUCUCUUUCUUCUCAUCUUCUUGCUGGUUGUCUCUGGGUUCGACGUCGGCAACGCAAUUCGCAAUCAACUCAGCCAAUUGAUGUUCUCUUUCGUUGUUUGUUGUACCCGUUUGUUCGUUUAGACUCAGGGAUCUUAACUUCGCUUCCAGUUCAAAUUCGUCAGAAUCCAUGGCUAAGGAUAUUGCAAAACACUUUUCUUAUUACUUAACAGUAAUGAGACAUCUUAUUUUGACAGCCCAUUGUACUGCGUGACAAUGUUGCCUGACUGUUGACGCGCUUCAUAUUUAAAAUUUCCAUUAUUAUAAAAACUGAUCAAGAAAAAUUAAUUUUUACUUGAAAAAAAUCUUUCUACGGGAAUAAAAAAUAUGUAAACUUAUUUUUCCAUGCAAGUUGCAGGUGCAAUCCGGAACCGGCUUCCGGCUAUUUGUAUUGAUGUAACGUCUGGUAACGGACCUUAUUCAGGUACAACCAGCAGAAGUCUGCUAGAAAUUUCACUGAGGUAUCCCGUAUCCGAGGUUUCGCAUCCGAGUCUAGUCUAUUUAAAGUGUGGAUUCCAAGAAUCAAUAAUGGAAACGGAAAGCCACUCGACGUUUUUACUGGAAUUUCACACCGAAAAAAACAACUUUUCUAGUCCUGAUGAGUUGAUCGCACCAAUUAAGGAAUUACUGGAAAAGGAUAUCGGAGAAGUCAAAGAAGUUUAUAGAAGAUGUAGCGACGAAUCGGUGAAUGUCAUCCUGGAUUGUGACAUGAAAUCCAUUGUCACCCUACAGCUCAAAAGCUCUGGUCUUGUAUUGAUGAAUAUUGAUAUUGAUGGUCAACAUUCUUCUACAUUUAAUCAAGAAGUUGG